AUGGUGAUGAGUGAUGGACCCUCUGGGCACACUCCAAACACCACCAUGUUUGACACUUACCAUUUCACCAGAAAGACCUCAACAUGCAGUGCCUACAUUCUUUGUCAAGUGUUUGGGUCAAACCCGCCUGACCUUCUGUCUUCUCAAAUGUCCACCUCUGAAGGCAUCAUAUCUGCAACAUCAACACUAUCUCCUGUUUCCUACGGCUGGUGUCUCCCUCCGGCUGAGAUGAAUGGGCCAGGGACGCGUCUCCAGGGACCCCCGAAUCAAAGCUGCACCCCAUCACGGACAUCCUUUGAGAGGGGAGGGAGGGGCGACAUCCAGGGGGGUCUCCAGCAGUGCCGCUUCAAAGGAGUUUUUAUCAUGUCCAGGAGCUGA